UUUUCAAUCUCUCGAAGAUUAAGUUCGAAAGAGAAAACUCGGAAGUGUCUUAGUUUUAGGUUAGAAAAAGUUUAAAGAGAUUUCGCAUAUUAUAUAUUUCGUAUAAUACUAUGUAAUUGACAAAAAAAGUAUAUACCUUUGGUUAUUAUCAUUCAACAUAUUUCUUGGCAAUAUUCCCUUGCUAUUUAAAUUUAUUACCAUGGAAUUUCUGCGAAGUAUCGGAGUUGGCGUGAGGUCCGUAGAUGAUCCUUUCUUUAAUGAAACUUACAAAUAUUGCAAGAUCUUUCAACGGAAGGGAGUCAUAGCCGAAGAUGAAGAGGAUUUAUGCCAUGAUCUUAUUACAGAGUUUUCUUGUCCGAUUUCACACUGUACGGCGUUAUUUAAAACUUUAAUAGACUUUGAAAUGCAUUAUAAUUCCUGCCAUCGUUAUAUUUGCGUGGAGUGUAAAAGAACAAAACCCAAUCCUAGGUUAUUAGAAAUUCAUAUCCAGGAAACACACGAUACGUUUUUCAAGCUUUUAUCAGAAAAACAACCGAUGUACCAGUGCUACGUUUCACGAUGUAACGUGAAAUUCAAUAAUCCGAACGAAAGGCUGGAUCACUGCGUCGAUGUACAUAAAUAUCCAAAAAAUUGUCGCUUUGACGAUGCAUCGUACCGCAAAGCAAAAGAAAAUAAUAGUAAUAAAAUGGAUAUCGAUAUUACAGAUCGGAAAGAGAAAAGAAAUGAGAAAAUUCGAUUAAAUAAGAAUCAAAAAAUUAGAACAUUUGAUAAAACAUCCAAAAUGAGUGACGUAGAAAGGUCUAGCGCAACUUGUUCCACGACUUUUACUAAUAUCAAUGAGAAUGCAUCUUUAAUGUUUGUACCUAGACAAGUGGGCAGAUCUUAUGCGACGACGCUUAGCAAAAACCAAACUAGAAAACGAAAUGUACUCGAAGCAGAAUGCAUGUCGGAUAUAGCGCAAUCUCUACCCUAUUAGAAGUUAUUUUUUAUACGUAUGAGGAUUGUGUAAAGAGAAGUAUUGUGGAGCUUGAGAAAUAAUUAAAAAUAAGGAGAAAAUUGGCAAUAAAAUUUAAAACUUUACACUAUUUAAAAAAAAAUCGAGUAUUUGAAAUCGAAUCUAAUUUUGUUGGUUCCCAUGUCGAUUGUCUUUCGCUUAGGUUGAACGACGUAAUAACUCUCCGAAUAACCUUUUGCGAACACAUAUAUAUGUAUAUAUAUAUACAUAUAUAUAUAUAUAUGUAUAUGUAUAUUAUGCAUAUAUACAGAAAAUGAUCGAUUAUUUCCUUGAUAAGUUGGAAAUGAAGGGACAACAGAAUGUAAAAAACGACACUAUUUUUGUAUCAAAAUUCGAUAAAAAGUUCUACGUCGAGUAUAUCAUACACUUGAGCUUAGCAGUUUCGUUCCUUAGCGCGGCCAAUUCGUACUUGAGUCUAAUAUUUUCUUGUUCAAGGAAAGCUGCCCUUAUCGCGAUCUCGUCUUCUUUCGCUCUCCUAGCAUCUCUCGAUCGUUUAGCUGCUUCAUUAUUUUUCUUCCUUCUCUCCCAGUAAGCAGCGUCCUUCUCAUCCACAGUACUCGUCGGCAAUAUCGUUGUAUUUUUGUUAGAUCUGCGCAUUUUAAGAUUCGUCGUUUCGUUCUGACGUCUAACGUUUUCGAGCAUGCGACUUCGAAAUUCUGAGUAUGUUUCGUUGGAAUUUUGAUUAUAAAUCAUGUCCGGCGUGUUCACCGUGAGAGCCAGAGGAUAAGCUUUAAAAGGCCUAGGUAUUUUUCUCGGAGCCUCCGUUGGCGAUACGGCGUUAGCCGACAUCGUCGGUGUCGUCGUAGUGGGCGAUUGAAUUUUCCCCCGUACUUUUUCUGUCGUCCCGUUGGAAUUUGCCGUGAGCAAGGUGGGUAAAAUCGGUGGCACUAUCGGCACGUUAAUCGGCAAAAGAGAAUAUCUGUCGACGUUGUCAUCGACCACUAUCGACGCACUACCACUAUCCUCUUUGAACUUGAUUUUCUUCGGCGAUUCCGAUUCCGAUGGCGGGGUAACCAUGAAACUGCGAACUUCGAAGAGACUUUUGCUAUCCGUUCUCCUAUUAGUUUUAACUACGUCCGUAGAUAGUCUCUCUUCGGUCGACGACUCUAGCAUAGUUUGGGUUGCUUCAGGAACGUCAUUUUCGCUGGUCGUGGCUAAAAUGAGAGUUUUCUUGCACGACAAAUCUAAAACCGGUUCUUUCUCUUGCAAUGGUGAUGGUUCUUUUAAACUAUUUCGUAGCGAUAAACGGGAUCGAAAGUCGAGCGGCUGAUGUGUCGGGGACGAGGAGUCUUUUUUCCCUUCGAAAGAAGGCAAAUAGUUUCGAAAGUCUAAAGGUUGUAUCUCGUUCGCCAAAUCUUCCAUCUUGGUCUCCAUCUCUCGGGUCCUUCGUUAUUCGUCUUUCGUCUUUCUGGCGCAAAAAUCCAAUUUUUCAAUUAACUCGUUUUCAAUUAAUUCGUAAUUAUCGAUAGAAAUGAAUCACAGGAUUAAUAAGUACGAUAUGUUAUUUUGAGAUUAAGUCGAAGGUGACUUUUACAAGCGCUACGUCUAUUGACAACAACUUGCACGAUUAGAUCGAAAAUAUUUGCCUAUUACAUCAUUUAUAUAUAUCAUUAUUAUAUAGUUCGCAGCUAAUUAUAAUGAUUGUAAAUAAUGAUUUAAUACCUUUACGUAGAGAAUAGAGAGGAGAGCACUCCUUGAGGUCUUAAUGAUUAUUAAUAUGAGGUCACACCGUAAUUACUCUUAUGAAAACACUAAUGAUACUUUCUAAAGCGAUGAUAGUCACUAAGACGAAAUAAAAUGAUUUUGGACAUUGAGAAAUCGGUCUGCUGAAGAGUUCUACGGUGCUUACUACGGUCUUCGCUCGAAGAUUUACCAAGAUCGUUUAAAACGAGAGGGGAUGUUCGUUCGCUUAUAUACCCGGCAACCCUUGUACGUUCCAUAGGUAGGAGAUUUUCUUAGAAAAUGUGGUGGGGCGUAGGGCAUGGGGAAAGCCUUAAGUAGAAAUAGAUAGGAUGUUGUUAAAUCUCUUCUAAAUGUUUUGUUUACAAUCUAUUCAUAGGCUCUAUAAAUCUCGUUCAUGUCUCUCGUUCAUGUUAUUAAGCGAUUCAUCCUCGAUCGAUCUUAAAUGAAAUUGUUAUUUACGUAAUAUUAUCUAGCCUGUUAAUUAUUAUUUUAUAAGAAUCGAAAAUAUAUAUAUAUGUAUAUAUAUAUAUAUAUAUAUAUAUAUGUAUAUAUAUAUUUAUGUAUGCGUCUACCUGAAAAUGAAAACUGUGCGCAUGUGUCCUGUAUACUUGUAGAUAAAGACAACGAAGGGAAGUGUAUUUUACAAGGAGGAAAAAGUAUUGUAAUAAAAUGUCUCAAGGGAACGAUAGGUCCAAUUCUACGACGUGCCGUAAGAUUUGUCAAAAAUUUCACUGGCCGAUGGAGAUCCAUUUGUCAAGGAUCCUUUUAAAUUUCACGCAAUAGUGAGGAGAUCACGAAAAUCCAUAGUUGAGAGACGAAAACUUUCUUAGCUGUAAUAGGACGUCACGUUGUUCCAGGUCGAGGAACUCGUUAAAUACCCUGCUUCGUUUAACCCUUUCGCACGCUAGUAAGCCCUCCUCCACACAUUUUUCCUAUAUUCCAUUGGUAAUAAUACGUCGUUUCUUUAUUCGCAUUUUUGUGAUUUAUGACCUAUAGGACAUCUAUCUUCUUUUUCGGACUUGUGUUUCACGAAUUAACAGACUUCAUUAUUAUUCGAUGAAUCCUUCUUAUCGAGCAUAUGUCGAGCAAAAUAAUCCCUCUUUUUUUUUUUUCUCUCUCUCCCAAAUCUCUCUGGUCCUAGAUCUUUCUUCGUAACUCUUUCGUUUACUUUCCGAUCUGACCGAAAGUAAGAGAUCGCGGAAUCCUUAUCUUUCCCGUUAUAUGAUAACGAUAAAUUUAUUCAUCGUCGCGAGUUGCAUCUCAUCACUUUGAGAAAAGGAAAAAAGAGGAGAAACCUGUCUGUGUUUGUUUAUAAAUUUCUCCUCCCCGUUUGUUCCUCUCACAUUUCAAUUCGCAUUGAUAUGCGAAUGUGAACGGGUCCCCUGGUUACCCUGCUUAUUUUCAAGUUUUAACCGUGCUUCCUUUUUGCGUCUGCGAUAAUCAUAUUUUCCAUUCGCCGUAUGCUCCGCGUACGAAGGUAGAGACGAAGCACUUCGAUUCGCAUUUUCGAUGACAAUAGCGCCUACGUGAUUUUUCAAUAGCUUCUCCACGAAAACUUUCUUUCCGUCGUUCGUUAUCUACAAUCUGUUAUUGCUUCUUAGCUCAUUUUCCAAGAUAAUUCCCUAUCGCAAUUCGACGAUUUUGAUGCCGUAAAUGCUGACCGUAACGCAUUGAAUCAAAAAAAUGUCACAAUUACGUACCCUCGAUUAUUCUCAUCGUCGAUUGUGAUAUUUAAUGAUUAUAUAAAUGAUUCCAAUUACGCUCAAAACUUAUAUGUGAAAAAGUGGAAGAAGGAAUUACGCAGCAAUUACCUAUGGAUUUUCCUAAUAAUAGAAAAGAACAAUGGAGAUAUAAAGGAAGGGGCAAGAAAGGUGGGCCGUGAAGUUUUACCGAUGAUUCGUAACAACACAAUCUUGUGAGGGACAAAGUUUCUUUCCUUAAUUAAUAUCUAAGUCGUUCGCUAUUGCAUAAGAAUUUUCGUAUAACUUUCCGAUAAUGAACAUAUAUAUACCUAAGGGCAUUUAAAAAUGUAGAAUGGUUAGAUAUUAAGCAAGAAUUGGGUAUCCCGUAGAAACGAGAUAUUGCUAACGAUUAAAGGACGUAAAAGUAUUUCUUCAUAAUUUGCUGUAAGCUUUGGUCAUUACGCAAGGCAUAAUCAGUAUAUAAAAUCGACAACAUUAGACAUUUCUUCUACAAUAUUUUUUUUUUUUUUCUCAAUAAAUCAUCUUGCGCUUCGUUAUUUAUAAUAUGUUACGUACAUUAACGCAAAGAUGCAUUUGACGGAGGUCGGACGAUUUGAAGGAUUAAUCGAAAAGAAGGAUUAAAGAGAAAAAAAAAAAAAAGAAAAGAAAAGAAGAAGAACAUUAAGGAAAGGAACCUAGUAACCUAAUAAUUACUCAACUUAAGAUUUAUCUUCGGUCAUGGACCACCGGCCGUAAGUUUUGCCAACAGACUUUUCGAGAUUUGCAUAUUUCCAAUCUUAGCACAAGCAUCUUUCCUUUCCUUUUCAUUUAUUGGGCAUUGCUAAGUGACACGCCCUUCUCGAAAAUGCGCGAUUCCUCUCUGAAAAUACUUCCUUUCUUUUUCGUAUUUCUUCGCUCGAUCGUACACAUCUGUAUGUAUACGAAACGCUUGUCGGCCGAUCGGUCAUCUGCGAUCGCAAAAGAUGGAUCUCGAACAAUCCAUGAGAGGGACCACAAAGAUCCUUCGAAAUCAUGGUCCUGACGACAAAAACUUUCGAGAGCAAAUCUCGCGGUGUCCCGUUACUAAGCCGUACGGUAAAGAGUUGACACAACCCCGAGCAAAAAGCAUUUAGAAGAUUAAAGAAGGUAGUUUUGAAUUUCACAUUUCUCGAUCUUUUAAACAAAGAACGAAGAAAGUAUGCAGAUCGAUUAUGUACGACCAAGCGUACACCGUUGUGUAUCUGUUCGAGAAGGAGAAAGACGGAAUUUUCCAAAAUGUUGUUAUUUUUAUUGGCUCAACUUGUAUUUUUUCAGCCUUGGUUAAGGACUUUCCUUCAAAAAAAACAAGAGAAUGAAGGAAAAAAAUGAAUUCAAGCAAGGUUUACCACAUCUUCUUCCAAUAUAAAGACGAAUAAAACACAAUAGGUUUUUCCUUCAACAUAGAUAAUUAUUUACGUUGCACUUAAACUUAUUUGGCGAUAUAUGCUUAUAAAGACUCUCAAAUUCCAAACGACAGCGAUAUGCCACGCAAUUAGGGCAAUCUCGUGCUUCGAUAAUUUCAUAAUUAUCGCUGUUGUCGCAUUCAAGUAUUGAAAAAAAAAAAAAAAAAAAAAAAACAUUUUCGUCGGAUUAUCCACGAUGACGUCAGCUUUACCGUCAAUAUCGAAAAACUGAAGGAAACACACGGAUGCGAUGUUGGCGCGUGUAGGCCUCGUGGCGAUCUCGGUGUCAUCGUCAUCCCUUCUUAAGAGAUGAUUUUGGGCGUGCUCGAUAUGGGGUUCUCAUCUUCGGACGAGUAUCCUACGUCUUUCCUACGAGACUCGAAACUCUUGACAAAAAGCACGUACAGAAGUAUCUCAGUAAGAUUUCUAAAUAAUAUUUUUCACUUCUCGUAAUCUCGCCCCUUCAGUUACAUUUUCUUUUGUUUAAAAAUAUAAAAUAGUUUUACGAGCGAGCACUGUCAUUUUCCAAAUGAGAUGCAAAAAUUCAAUGAAAUUUUCUUAACAUUUUAUAUACAAAUGCGACAUCCCUUUUAAGAUAUAUAUAUAUAUAUAUUGUAAUGUCAGAAAUCAGAA